CGUCAGCUGACCCGUCACGGUGGAGCCCGGUGCUCGCGCCCGGCAGCCUCUGCCCCGCCGCGCCCGGAGCGCAGGACCCGCGGAGGGGUAAGCGCGCCCCCCGCCCGCCUCUUCUCCGCCGCCGGCUCCCCGCGGCCACCUCCGCCCCAGCCCCUGCCCCUGCCCCGCGCCCACCCCAGCCCCGCCGGCCUGGCACCCCGGAAGCCGUCGCCUGCAGGGUCGUGGCCGGGCUCAGCCCCUCGCUGCCCCCGGGCGGCCUGGAGGAGAUGGCCCAGGGCAGCGAGGGGCGGGCAGGCGCUCUCAGCACCCCGGCCGGGGGCUGGCACCCGCCCCCAAGCCCAGACAUGCAGGAGCUGCUCCGGAGCGUGGAGAGGGACCUGAGCAUCGAUCCCAGGCAGCUGGCUCCGGCCCCGGGGGGCACCCACGUGGUGGCCCUAGUGCCUGCGCGCUGGCUGGCCAGCCUCCGCGAUCGCCGGCUGCCCCUGGGACCCUGUCCCCGCGCAGAGGGCCUGGGAGAAGCGGAAGUCCGGACUCUGCUGCAGCGCUCUGUGCAGAGGCUGCCUGCCGGCUGGACGCGCGUGGAGGUGCAUGGGCUGCGGAAGCGGAGACUGUCCUACCCCCUGGGCGGGGGCCUGCCCUUUGAGGACGGGUCCUGCGGCCCUGAGACGCUCACUCGCUUCAUGCAGGAGGUUGCCGCCCAGAAUUAUCGCAACCUGUGGCGCCAUGCAUACCACACUUACGGGCAGCCGUAUAGUCACAGCCCUGCCCCCUCAGCUGUCCCUGCCUUGGACUCCGUACGGCAGGCUCUGCAGAGGGUCUAUGGUUGCUCCUUCCUGCCAGUGGGCGAAACUACCCAAUGCCCAUCAUAUGCCAGAGAAGGCCCCUGUCCCCCUCGGGGCACCCCUGCUUGCCCUAGUCUCCUACGGGCUGAGGCCUUGCUGGAGUCGCCGGAGAUGCUGUAUGUGGUACACCCUUACGUGCAGUUCUCCCUACAUGACGUGGUCACCUUCAGCCCUGCCAAGCUGACCAACAGCCAGGCCAAGGUGCUGUUCAUUCUCUUCCGCGUACUGAGGGCUAUGGAUGCCUGUCACCGCCAGGGGCUGGCGUGCGGGGCCCUGUCUUUGCAUCACGUCGCUGUGGAUGAGAAGCUUUGCAGCGAGCUGCGACUGGACCUGAGUGCUUAUGAGAGGCCCGAGGAGGACGAGAAUGAGGAGGCCCCUGUGGCAAGGGAUGAGGCGGGCAUUGCGUCUCAAGGGGAGCAGGGAGGGCAACCUGGGCAACCCGGCCAGGAGGAACUUCGGGGCCUUGUGCUAGAUUGGGUGCAUGGCCGCAUCAGCAACUUCCACUACCUCAUGCAGCUGAAUCGGUUGGCAGGUCGGCGGCAGGGGGACCCCAACUACCACCCCGUGCUGCCCUGGGUGGUGGACUUCACCACGCCGCACGGGCGCUUCCGAGACCUGCGCAAGUCCAAGUUCCGCCUCAACAAGGGAGAUAAGCAACUGGACUUCACGUACGAGAUGACGCGGCAGGCGUUCGUGGCAGGCGGGGCGGGCGGCGGGGAACCCCCUCACGUGCCUCACCACAUCUCAGACGUGCUCUCCGACAUCACGUACUACGUGUACAAGGCUCGGCGCACGCCUCGGUCGGUGCUCUGCGGACACGUCCGCGCGCAGUGGGAGCCCCACGAGUACCCGGCCAGCAUGGAGCGGAUGCAGAACUGGACCCCCGAUGAGUGUAUCCCGGAGUUCUACACCGAUCCCUCUAUCUUCCGCUCCAUCCACCCUGACAUGCCUGACCUGGACGUGCCAGCCUGGUGCAGCUCCAGCCAGGAGUUCGUGGCUGCGCACCGAGCCCUGCUGGAGAGCCGCGAGGUGUCCCGGGACCUGCACCACUGGAUCGACCUCACGUUUGGCUAUAAACUCCAGGGCAAGGAGGCAGUCAAAGAGAAGAAUGUGUGUCUGCACCUGGUGGACGCCCACACUCACCUGGCCAGCUAUGGGGUGGUGCAGCUCUUCGAUCAGCCACACCCCCAGCGCCUGGCUGGGGCUCCUGCCCUUCCCCCUGAGCCUCCCCUCAUCCCCAAGCUGUUGGUCCAGACCAUCCAGGAGACCACAGGCCGGGAGGACUUCACGGAAAACCUGGGACAGCUUCCAAAUGAAGUGGGCCGGCCAGUUUUAGAGGCCACUCCCUGCGAGGCUAGCUGGACCAGAGACAGGCCGGUGGCAGGAGAAGACGACUUGGAACAGGCCACAGAAGCUCUGGAUUCCAUUUCCCUUGCCGGGAAAGCAGGUGACCAGCUGGGCUCCUUCUCCGGUCAAGCGUCCCCUGGCCUUCUGUCUUUCUCAGCCUCCCGUCCAAGCCGCAGGAAUAAAGCUGCUGGGGUAGACCCUGGGGAUGGUGAGGAGGGGAGGAUUCUUCUUCCCGAGGGCUUCAAUCCCGUGCAGGCCCUGGAGGAGCUGGAAAAGACGGGCAACUUCUUGGCCAAAGGCCUAGGGGGCCUACUGGAGGUGCCUGAGCAGCCCCGGGUCCAGCCGGCUGUGCCACUGCAGUGGCUGCUUCACAGGGACAUGCAGGCGCUGGGUGUCCUGUUGGCUGAGAUGGUGUUUGCCACCAGGGUGCGGACGCUGCAGCCCGAUGCACCUUUGUGGGUACGCUUCGAGGCCGUCCGGGGGCUCUGCACACGCCACCCCAAGGAGGUCCCUGUGUCUUUGCAGCCCGUGCUGGACACACUCCUACAGCUGAGUGGCCCGGAAAUCCCCAUGGGAGCAGAGAGGGGCAAGCUGGACCAACUGUUUGAGUACAGGCCUGUCUCCCAGGGCCUGCCCCCACCCUGCCCAAGCCAGCUUCUCAGCUCCUUCAGCUCCGUGGUUCCCUUCCCGCCCUACUUCCCGGCGCUGCACAGAUUCAUCCUCCUGUACCAGGCAAGGCGCGUGGAGGACGAGGCCCAGGGGCGCGAGCUGGUGUUUGCCCUGUGGCAGCAGCUGGGCGCGGUGCUGAAGGACAUCACCCCCGAGGGCCUGGAGAUCCUGCUGCCCUUCGUGCUGUCACUUAUGUCCGAGGAGCACACGGCUGUGUACACUGCCUGGUAUCUGUUUGAACCUGUUGCCAAGGCACUGGGCCCCAAAAAUGCCAAUAAGUACCUCCUGAAGCCUCUCAUUGGUGCCUACGAGAGCCCCUGCCAGCUACACGGCCGCUUCUACCUGUACACGGACUGCUUUGUGGCCCAGCUGAUGGUGCGGCUGGGCCUGCAGGCCUUUCUCACUCACCUGCUGCCCCAUGUCCUGCAGGUGCUGGCGGGUGCGGAGGCUUCCCAGGAGGAGAGCAAGGACCUGGUAGGGGCUGCCGAGGAGGAGGAGAGCGGGCUGCCCGGGGCCGGGCCUGGCUCUUGUGCUUUUGGGGAGGAGAUUCCCAUGGAUGGGGAGCCUCCUGCCUCCUCGGGCCUGGGGCUCCCAGACUACACGUCUGGCGUCAGCUUCCACGACCAGGCUGACCUCCCUGAGACAGAGGACUUCCAGGCCGGGCUCUAUGUAACUGAGUCUCCCCAGCCCCAGGAGGCUGAGGCUGUGAGCCUGGGCCGGCUGAGCGACAAGAGCAGCACCAGUGAGACCUCGCUGGGUGAGGAGCGGGCUCUAGACGAGGGGGGCGCCCCCGUGGACAAGAGCAGCCUUCGAUCAGGUGACAGCAGCCAGGACUUGAAGCAAAGCGAGGGGUCCGAGGAGGACGAGGAGGAGGAAGACGGCUGCCUGGUGCUAGAGGAGGAGGAGGGGGAGCAGGAGGAGGUCACCGGAGCAUCUGAGCUCACUCUGUCUGACACGGUGCUGUCCAUGGAGACGGUUGUAGCCGGCGGCAGUGGGGGAGAUGGCGAAGAAGAGGAGGAGCCGCCGUCUGAGCAGUCAGAAGGCAAAGAACAGAAGAUCCUCCUUGAUACAGCCUGCAAGAUGGUCCGCUGGCUGUCUGCCAAGCUCGGCCCCACAGUGACUUCUCGCCACGUGGCCCGGAACCUGCUCCGCCUGCUGACGUCUUGUUAUGUUGGACCCACUCGGCAGCAGUUCACAGUGAGCAGUGGCGAGAGCCCUCCGCUGAGCGCCGGCAACAUCUACCAGAAGAGGCCGGUCCUGGGUGACAUCGUGUCGGGGCCGGUGCUCAGCUGUCUCCUCCACAUCGCCCACCUAUAUGGGGAGCCCGUCCUCACCUACCAGUACCUGCCCUACAUCAGCUACCUGGUGGCCCCAGGGAGUGCCUCAGGCCCCAGCCGACUGAACAGCCGUAAGGAGGCGGGGCUGCUGGCCGCAGUGACACUGACUCAGAAGAUCAUCGUGUACCUCUCAGACACCACGCUCAUGGACAUCCUGCCCCGGAUCAGCCAUGAGGUCCUGCUGCCCGUGCUCAGCUUCCUCACCUCCCUCGUCACGGGGUUCCCAAGUGGGGCCCAGGCCCGGACUAUCCUGUGUGUGAAAACCAUCAGCCUCAUCGCCCUCAUCUGCCUGCGCAUCGGACAGGAGAUGGUCCAGCAGCACCUGAGCGAGCCUGUGGCCACCUUCUUCCAGGUCUUCUCUCAGCUGCAUGAGCUUCGGCAACAGGAUCUGAAGCUGGACCCCGCGGGCCGUGGUGAGGGCCAGCUGCCACAGGUGGUCUUCUCUGAUGGGCAGCAGCGGCCCGUGGACCCUGCCCUGCUGGACGAGCUGCAGAAGGUGUUCACCCUGGAGAUGGCGUACACAAUCUACGUGCCCUUCUCCUGCCUGUUGGGUGACAUCAUCCGGAAAAUCAUCCCCAACCACAAGCUGGUUGGGGAGCUGGCGGGGCUGUACUUGGAGAGCGUCAGCCCGAGCAGUCGCAACCCUGCCAGCAUGGAGCCCACCGUGCCCAGCACCGGCCCCGAGUGGGACCCCCAGGGUGGGGGCUGCCCUCAGGAUGACGGCCACUCAGGGACCUUUGGGAGCGUCCUGGUGGGGAAUCGCAUUCAGAUCCCUAAUGACUCUCAGCCUGAGAACCCCGGACUGCUGGGCCCCAUCACGGGGGUGGGUGGCGGGGGCCUGGGCAGCGGGAGCGAGGACAACGCCCUGAAGCAGGAGCUGCCGCGGAGCGCCCACGGGCUGAGCGGAAACUGGCUGGCGUACUGGCAGUACGAGAUCGGCGUGAGCCAGCAGGACGCCCACUUUCACUUCCACCAGAUCCGCCUGCAGAGCUUCCCGGGCCACUCGGGGGCCGUCAAGUGUGUGGCACCCCUGAGCAGCGAGGACUUCUUCCUGAGCGGCAGCAAGGAUCGCACCGUGCGCCUCUGGCCUCUGUACAACUACGGCGACGGGACCAGCGAGACGGCCCCACGUCUCAUCUACACCCAGCACCGCAAAAGCGUCUUCUUCGUGGGCCAGCUGGAGGCCCCCCAGCACGUGGUGAGCUGUGACGGGGCUGUGCACGUCUGGGACCCCUUCACAGGUGAGCGGGCCCAGGUGAGGCCUGUUCUGUUCCUGCUCCUGUGCCCGCCAGGCCUCUGGGAAGGGGGCCCGAGGGUGGGGCUGUAAUGCUGCGGAGUUUGGGGAGACCCAGCGAGGCCACCGACAAGAGCAGUUAGGGUUUCCAACCUGUUAGACUUAAGUCUGAACUGGCCCCACCAGCUCACUUACCUUGAGCAAGUUCCUGCUGCUGGAAGCAUCUGUUUUCCCAUCCAUAAACAGAAUCAGAAAAACGGGCUAAGAAGAUAACGUGUGUUUGGGUGCGGUGGCGCAGGCCUGUAAUCCCAGCACUUUGGGAGGCCGAGGUGGGCAGAUCAUGAGGAGGUCAGGAAUUCUAGA